AUGAUAAAAGAGCUAUGUGCUGGGUUCAAUAUGAAGGCUUUCCUAGCAGAAUUUAUAGGCACCCUUUUGUUUGUAUUUAUUGGCCUGGGGUCAACUCUCUCUUGGCAUGCUGCUCUCCCAAGUGUUCUGCAGAUAUCCUUUACCUUUGGCCUUGGAAUUGGUACUCUAGUCCAGACACUGGGGCAUAUUAGUGGCGCCCAUCUCAACCCAGCUGUCACAGUGGCCAUGCUGGUUGGGGCUCACAUUUCCCUUGUGCAAGCCUUCUUUUACAUAAUUGCUCAGUUGGUAGGAGCAGUGAUAGGGGCAGCUGUAUUGUACGAAUUCGCUCCAUCCGACAUAAGAGGAGGUUUUGGCGUCAAUCAGCCGAGUAACGACACAUCCCCUGGACAAGCUCUUGCUGUUGAGGUCCUCCUCACAUUACAAUUAGUUCUCUGCAUCUUUGCCUCAACCGACGGUCGCAGAAAUGACAAUGUGGGAUCUCCAGCCAUAUCCAUUGGGCUUUCUGUGGUUUUGGGACACUUGCUUGGGAUCUAUUACACUGGAUGCUCAAUGAACCCUGCAAGGUCCUUUGCUCCGGCGCUGGUUACAGGAAACUUUUUGUAUCAUUGGAUUUUUUGGGUUGGACCCAUAUCUGGUGCUAUCCUUGCAUGUCUGAUUUAUAAUUAUAUAUUUGCCCCAUACGACUUGAGUCCAAGCGAGAGAUUGGAAAUCUUGCGAUCAAAUAUUGCUGAAGAAAAUGAAAAGGAAGAGAAAAGGAAGCAAUCAACAGACCUUAACUCUAUCUACAGCCACCAAAAUAAUAAAGAAAAAAAUUAA